AGACCUUUCAAAUGUACUGUGUGUGGUAAAGACUUUGCUGACAAAGGUUAUCUUAAAACUCAUCUCAAGAUCCACAACAAUGAAAGGAACUACCAUUGUGGGGUUUGUGGGCUGAAGUUCAUAAACAUUGCUGCGUUGAAAACCCAUCAGCGCACACACACCGGGGAGAGGCCUUUCCAUUGCACAGUGUGUGACAAGACAUUUUUCAGACACGCACACCUGAAGAACCACCAGCGCACUCACACAGGUGAGAGACCAUACACCUGUACUGAGUGCAGCAAAAGCUUCACUCAGUCUGGUGAUCUCACAAAACACAUACGCACCCACACUGGAGAGAAGCCGUAUGAAUGUUCUGUCUGCCACGGAUGUUAUACCUCUUCAGGGGAUCUGGGCAAACACAUGAGGAUCCACAAUAACUUACGACCAUAUCACUGCCAGGAGUGUGAAAAAAGCUUCCGCAUGGCCGGCCACCUUAAAACUCACAUGAGGACCCACACUGGGGAGAGACCAUACUCCUGCCCCCGCUGCCAUCGCACCUUUGCUCGCGCCCAUCACCUCUCCGGUCACCUGCCUAGAUGUUGCUGAAUGACUAGAUUAUUUAUAUACAGUCUAAACUCUUUUACUCUUGUUGUAGUUAUUUAGCAAGGGAACAGUGAUGUACAGAAGAUGGUUUUGUGCCCGACUCUGACCUGGUAAUGCCAAUAAAUGGUAAUGAAAUAAAGGCCUCUAUAGUCUGUGAAA